GUUGACAAAAGGCUCCGGAGCAACCGUGGCAGGGUAGAAAAGGCAAGGGAUUUGAUUGUGCCAGUUUCACUGUAUCGGUUGAUUCACCAGAACUUGAAAAGUCAUCAGUCUUUGAACGUGGAGGAGACUUGAGAUGACUGCACACCAGUCACUCCAAGAGGAACCAAACACGUGUUCAUUGUAGGAGUGAAGGUUUGGAUGAACCAACCUGGUGAUACACCUUGUGAAUUGUCUUCACGUUAUUGAAGGAGCGUCCAGUUAUUUCCAGUGUAUCUCCAGUUCAUCAGCUGCCAAUCUGGGAGAAGAAUAUAUAUUUCAUUCCAGCUUUGAGUCUGAAAUGAAGUUUUCUGUUGUAACUCAGUGAAACCCAUUGGAACCGGGGUACUGAGAACACACCAGCAUUGGUUCACUAGAGAUCAGGUCUUCAAAUGCAGUGAUUGUGCGAGGGAGUCACUACGUCUGAUAUCUGACUUGAUGAUUUGCCGGAGAGUUUAUAGUACAGAGUUAUCAUAGACGCGCUCUUUGUGUGGGAAGGGAUUCUCUCACUCAGCAGGCCUGCAGAUGCACAAGUGAGUUCACACUAAGAAGGGCUAUUCACCUGGUUUGUGUAAGGGAGGGAAAGUACGCAGUCAUCUAGUCUGAAGAUACAUCAGCAAGUUGGCCUGUUUUGACUGCAGGACACAACUCAUUGGGUUGUCCAGGCUGACGAUACAUCAGAAAAUUCGCUCCAGGGAGAGCCUGUUCACCUGCUCCGUGUGAGAGAGGGGAUAUACUCAGUCAUCCUGCCUGAAGAUACAUCAUUAAGUUCACACCAGAUUGAGAAGAUUCACCCGUUCUGACUGUGGGAAGCGAUUCACUCUGUCAUCCAAACUGAAGAUACAUCACACCUUAUCUGUGUGUGGGAAGAGAUCCACUCAAUCAGUCCACCUACUGACACACCAGUGAGCCCACACGAGAGAGAGAGUGACUGUUCAGCUGUUCCGUGUGGGGGAAAGGAUUCACUACUUCAUCAUCCAUGAUGAGUCACCAGGAAGUGCACUCCGAGGAGAGUCUGGUCACCAGCUCGGACUGUGAGAAGGGAUUCACUGAGCCGUCUCACCUGCAGGCACACCAGGGUGUUCACACAGUAGAGAGACCGUUCACCUGUUCUGAGUGCGGGAAGGGAUUCACUCACUCAUCCCACCUGAUCAGACACCAGCGAGUUCACUCCGGGGAGAAGCCGUUCAUUUGCUCAGACUGCGGGAAGGGAUUUAUUCAGUCUUGUCACUUGCAGAGACACCAGCGAGUUCACACUGGGGAGAGACCGUUUAUCUGCUCCGACUGUGGGAAGGGAUACACUCAAUCUUCUGACCUGCUGAUCCACCAGCAAGUUCACACUGGGGAGAGGCCAUUCACCUGUCCUGAGUGUGGGAAGGGGUUCACUCAUGCAUGCUACCUUCUGAGUCACCAGCGAGUUCACACUGGGGAGAGACCGUUCACCUGCCCGGACUGUGGCAAGGGAUUCACUCAGUCAUCCUACCUGAUAAAACACCAGCGGGUUCACACCGGGGAGAGGCCGUUCACCUGCCCUGACUGUGGGAAGGCGUUCACUCGAUUAUCUCACCUACAGGCACACCAGACGGUCCACACUGGGAAGAAGCCAUUCACCUGCUCAGACUGUGGGAAGGGAUAUAAUGAACUGUUUCACCUGCAGGCCCACCAGCGAGUUCACACGGGCGAAAGACCGUUCACCUGCUCGGUGUGUGGGAAGGGAUUCACGUACUCGUCCCAUGUGAUGAGACAUGAGCGAAUUCACUCUGGUGAGAGGCCGUUCACCUGCACGGUCUGCGGGAAGUCAUUUGCUCAGUCGUCUCACCUGCAGACGCACCUGCGAGUUCACAGAGGGGAGAGACCGUUUAUCUGCACCGUUUGCGGGAAGGGAUUCGCUCAGUCGUCUGAACUGCUGAAACACCAGCGGAUUCACACCGGGGAGAGGCCGUUCACCUGCACGAAAUGUGGAAAGGGAUUCACUCAGUUAACCCACCUAGUGAAGCACCAACGAGUUCACAGUGAGAAGCCGCCUGUCCUUUGUGAGCAAGGAGGUUUAUUCGGUCACCCCACCUGCUGGCCAAUAUGUGAGCAGCCUUCAGGAAGGCAAUCCCAGGAAAAUCAUCUAGCCCAGAUUGGUUACCUGGCCAAGUACGAAAGCCCUGUGCUAGAGUGUCCAUGGGGGAGCGGUGCCAUCUCAGCCACAGCGAGGACUGGCCUCAAGCCGCAGUAUCGCCUGUUAACAGCUGCCCUGGUGGCAUUGGAGGCGAAUUGGCCGGCGCAGACCCAGGCACCCACUGCGCACGCGCCGAGGACUGCAGCUGCCCGAGCGCGCAUGCGCGCAGAGGACAAAAGGCUCCGGUCCGGAGGUCCGCCGGCAGGUAGGAGCGGGUUCGCCGGGAUCGGGGCCCCGCGGCGCCCGGUCCUCUCCCUCGAUCCGGGCAGCUUCCCGCUGAUGCCCCAGGGCGCCUGCUUCGGGGUGACUCUGUCCGCAGGGCGUGUUUGCGAGCCCGGGCGGCUCCAUUCUCCCAGUCGCUGCCGGGCACCUGCUACCAGUGAGAGUUCCGCUCGGACAUCCCAGGUACAGACCCACCAGUCGGUUCACACCGGAAAGAUGCCGUUCACCUGCUCGGACUGUGGGAAGGGAUUCACUCGGACAUCUGACCUGUUGGCACACCAGACGGUUCACACUGGGGUGAUGCCGUUCACCUGCCCAGACUGUGGGAGGGGAUUCACUCAGUCAUCUCAACUGAAGGUACAUCGGCGAGUUCACACCGGGGAGAGACCGUACGUCUGCGCUGAAUGUGGCAGGGGAUUCUCUCAGUCGUCCAAUCUACAGAAGCACCUGUCAGUCCACACUGGGGAGAGGCCGUUCACCUGCUCGGACUGUGGGAAGGGAUUCACAAAGUCAUCUGACCUACUGGCUCACCGGUCAAUUCACACCGGGGAGAUGCCGUUCACCUGCUUUGAUUGUGGGAAGGGAUUUACUCAGUCAUUUCAACUGAAGGUACAUCAGCGCGUUCACACUGGGGAGAGGCCGUACACCUGCUCUGAAUGUGGGAAGGGAUUCACUCAGUCAUCUAGCCUACAGACUCACCAGCGAGUUCACACAGGAGAGAGGCCGUUCACCUGUUCCAUGUGUGGGAGGGGAUUCACUCAGUCGUCCCAACUGCAGACACACCUGUCAGUUCACACUGGGGAGAGGCCGUUUGCCUGCUCCGACUGUGGGAAGAGAUUUACUCUGUCAUCUCAACUGAAGGUACAUCAGCGCGUUCACACUGGGGAGAGGCCAUUCACCUGCUCUGAAUGUGGGAAGGGAUUCACUCAAUCAUCCAGCCUACAGAAACACCAGUCAGUUCACACUGGGGAGAGGCCGUUCACCUGCUCAGACUGUGGGAAGGGAUUUACACAGUCAUCUGAUCUACUAGCACAUCAGUCAGUUCACACUGGGGAGAUGCCAUUCACCUGCUUAUUCUGUGGGAAGGGAUUCACUCGGUCUUUUGACCUGCUGGCCCACCAGUCAAUUCACACCGGGGAGAGGCCAUUCAUCUGCUUAGAAUGUGGGAAGGGGUUCACUCGGUCUUCUCACCUGUUGACACAUCAGCGUGUUCACACCGGGGAGAGACCGUUCACCUGCUCAGUCUGUGGGAAGGGGUUUACUCAGUCAUUUCAGCUGAAGGUACAUCAGCGGGUUCACACUGGGGAGAGACCGUAUGUCUGCUCUGAAUGUGGGAAGGGAUUCACUCUGUCAUCAAAUUUGAUGAGACACCAGCGAAUUCACAUGGAAUCCUCUGAGCUUCAGAAAUUACUGUCACUGCGAAUCGAGUGCGCAGGUGCCGACAGUCCAAAGUUGAGCCGAAAGACGUGUCAGCGGUCAGGAAUGUGUAUACAAGCCCUUGCUUACCCAGAAACACCCCGCGAUUCAGAAGCUGCCGUCGGUGAUCAGGUGCGCAUGUGUCACCUCUCGUCGUCGGUUCCCGAAAACUGCGCAUGCGUUGCGUGUCGCUGUCGGUUCCUGAAGACCACGCAUGCGUCGCGUGUCCCAGUCUGGUCCCGAACACCGCGCAUGCGCCGAGUGGACGAGCGCCCCUCAGUAAUCGGCAACAGAACAUCCUGUGUAACAGAUGCGCUUGCACGCUUGGCGGUCCAUGAGUGUAAGCGUGUGCCAGAGUUGCUGUGUAACUCAGAGCCGUGCUCCUUUCUGCAGGCUCUCUACGAUAGCAUGUUGCUAAAAGAAAGAUCCACAAACCCGCUUGUCCAGGGUAGGAACCGCAAGGGACUUGCGGACAGGAACCGCGGACGCGACAACGCUGGUAUCAGUGGGUUCACCAGCACGCGAAUGCCAUCGAUCUUCGAAUGUGGAGGAGACGCUCACCAGCCCCAGGGAGAGCUAAAAAUCGGGCUCAGUGAAGGGCAUCUGUUCGCUGGAGAUCAGUUCUUCAACUGCAUUCAUUGUGCAAGGAAUUCACCAUGUCUGACAUCUGACUUGAUGAAUCGUCAGAGAAUUGAUAGCAGGGAGAUUUCAAUCCCCCGCUCUCGGUGUGGGAAGGGAUUCACUCGCUCGGCUGACCCGCAGACACAAAGACACAAGCGAGUUCACACCGGAGAGAGGCCGUUCUCCUGCUCUCAGUGUGGGAAGAGUUUCAAUCAGUCGUCCAUCCUGAAGAGGCACCAAAAGCGAUUUCACACCGGGGAGAAGCCGUUCGCCUGCUCCGAGUGUGAGCUGAGAUUUACUCAGUCGUCUGAACUGCAGGCACACCAGCGAGUUCACAAGGGGGAGAGGCCGUAUAUCUGCUCCGACUGCGGGAAGGGGUUCAUUCGGUCGUCCCAGCUGCUGACGCACCAGCGAGUUCACACCGGGGACAGGCCGUACACGUGCUCUGAGUGCGGGAAGGGAUUCACUCGGCUGUCCCACCUGCAGUCGCACGAGUUCAUUCACACUGGGCAGAGGCCUUUCGCCUGUUCGGUGCCGGAGAACUGGUAUGUCCAAAUGCUGCCGAUGGCACCGUUCCUACCCAGAAGGCUUUGCGUCAGAGAAAGCGCCAUCGGUGACCCGCCGAUCAAGUGCGCAGACGCCGAGAGUCGCGGACCGUGCCCGAAGGUCGCGCAUGCGGACAAAAGAUUCCGGAGGAUGGUUGGCAGGUCGGGCCAGGGUUUCGUCAGCACCUGGGCCCGCACCACCCCUGAGAGCUCCGGACGCACCGUGGCCCUGCACCCUGGGACAGACCAGGUACUUCCCCUCUUCCUUUGUCCCACGAUCCGCACCCGGGCCCCCGGAAAUUUUCUGCUAAUGAGCGAAGGUGCUGGCGCCAUUUCUGAGGCCCCUGGGCUUCGCUGGGACCGCGACGGAUCGGCUGGUUUCUGGCUCGUUACAAAAGGCAAAGCUGUGGCUGUCGGUUCACUGGCACUUGGAUACGGUCGACCUUUGAAUGUGAAGGAGGAGAUUCCUGUGAAGACAGCACUCCAGUCACAGCAAGGAGAACCCAAACAUGUGUUGAGUCACAUGAUGAGUCACCAGCAAGUUCAUGCUGGGGAGAAGCCGAUCACCUGCUCAGACUGUGGGAAGACGUUUACCACAUUAUCCCAACUGCAGACACACCAGUUUGUUCACAAUGGGGAGAGACCAUUUAUCUGCACUGUAUGUGAGAAGGGGUUCGCUCAGUCAUCCCACCUGAUGAUACAUCAGCGAGUUCAUACCAGGGAGAAGCCAUUUGUCUGCUCUGAGUGUGGGAAGGGAUUUACUCAGUCAUCUCACCUGAUGAGACACCAGCAACUUCACACUGGGGAGAGACCAUUCACUUGCUCAGAUUGUGGGAAGGCAUUUACUAAGUCAUCUCACCUACAGACACACCAGCGAGUUCACACUGGGGAGAGACCCUUUAUCUGCUCUAUCUGUGGGAAGCGAUUCACUUGGUCAUCUGAUCUGCUGAUACACCAGCGGGUUCACACGGGAGAGAAACCGUUCACCUGUUCUGUAUGUAGGAAGGGUUUCAGUUACUCGUCCCACCUAAUGAGACACCAGCGACUUCAUUCUGGGGAGAAGCCAUUUUCCUGCUCUGACUGUGGGAAGGCAUUUACUACGUCAUCCCAACUGCAGACACACCAGCGAGUUCAUAGUGGGGAGAGGCCGUUCAUCUGCUCUAUCUGUGGGAGGGGAUUCAUUCAAUCAUCUGAGUUGCUGAGGCACCAGCGAGUUCACACUGGGGAGAGGCCAUUCUCCUGUUCUGAAUGUGGAAAGGCUUUUACACGUUCGGCCCACCUGCAGGCACACCAGCGGGUUCACACUGGAGAGAAACCGUUCACUUGUUCUCUUUGUGGGAAGGGAUUCACCAGUUCAUCCCGUUUAGUGCUGCACCAGCGAGUUCACACUGGGGAGAGGCCAUUUACCUGCUCAGACUGUGGGAAGAGAUUCACUCUGUCAUCUUCCCUGAAGAAACAUCAGCGAGUUCACAGUGGGGAGAGACCAUUUAUCUGCUCUGUCUGUGGAAAAGGAUUCAUCGAGUCAUCUGCUCUGCUCAAACACCAGCGAGUUCACACUGGGGAGAGGCAGUUCACCUGCUCUGAGUGUGGAAAGGGGUACACUCACUUAUCCUACCUGAUGAGACACCAGCGAGUUCACUCUGGGGAGAGGCCAUUCAGCUGCUCAGACUGCGGGAAGAGGUUUACUGAAUCAUUCCACUUGCUGGAGCACCAGCGAGUUCACAGUACGGAAAGACCGUUCACAUGUUCUGAGUGUGGGAAAGGAUUUACUCGAUCAUCCCACCUCGUGACACACCAGCGAAUUCACACUGGGGAGAGGCCAUUCUCCUGCACUGAAUGUGGGAAGGCCUUUACUCAGUCAUCCCAGCUGAUGAGACACCACAAGCAAGUUCACACUGGGGAAAAGAGUUUAAAGUAGCUUCUUUGUGGAUAUUGAAUGAUCAGUUGCUGAAUAUCCAAAAGCGAUUGGUGUUAUUGCCGCCGCCCAUCAAACCCAGCCCUGCAUCCUGGUCACUGGGCAAGGGAGGGAUUUCUUCUGCUGAUGUUCACGUUUAAUGGACUGGAAUUUGACAAGUAGGCUCCUCAUCCUGGCUUUAAAUGUGUGUCUACUUUGUCCGAAAUGAAAGUUUUCUCUUUGAGUUUCUCAUUGAAGCCAGGGCCCUGAGAAAACUGCAGCUUAUCCUCACUGGACAGUAGAUUCUGCACUGCUUUUAAGCGUGGAAGGGAUUUGGUAUGAAGUUUGACCCGAUAAGACGCCAGAUAGUUCGCAGCAGGGAGAAAUUAUUUCCGCUGUUCUGAGUAUGGGAAGGGAUUCAGUCAUUCAUCCAAAUUGCAGGUACACCAGCGAGUUCACACUGGGGAGAGGCCUUUCUCCUGCUCUGAAUGUAGGAGGGGACAGUUCCUACAACACCACUUCCUACAGUGGUGAUUUCACACUGAGGCCACACACCCGUCCUAUGUGAACACAGAGAUUUACUCGAUCAUCCCACCUGCCGAAACACGGGAAGAUGUUUAAAUAACUGUAUUGAAUUUUUAAACCGUCACAUUUAGUGAGUCCAGUUGCAAGUUCAAGACUGAUGGUGUCAGAUUCUGCAGUUCACCACGCCCAGGAGCAUUUGUGCUGAUCAUAUUAGACUGGAGUUUGAUAUUUUUGAUCUGUGAUAAACAAAUCAGUUCUAGUUUAAAUCUUGAGUCUCAGGUCAUUGCUGAAUCUGCUGCACAUUCAGCGUACCAUAUAGAGAUCCAGCCGGUCUCUGCCAGUGUUUCUGUUCUGUCUCCUCCCGUCACCCUGUAGCAAUGUUCUUUCCUAGAUCUCUGUUCACUCGACUUCCCCUUAAAUCCACCCUGCAGCUCACCUCAGGCUGUCCCUGUGCUGACGGAUUCUGAAUUGUCACCACUCUGAAUGAAGAAGUGACGUCGCCUGUCAACUGGUCUGUGACAGCUCACACGUGGUCUUCCUUCUAACUUCACUUGUGAACAAGGGCAACAGUCACCAAGCUGCUCUGAAACUUCGGCUCAGAAUUGUUCCUGUUGCAUGCUUAUCGACCAGCUGAAAUCUUGUGCAGCUUCCAAUCCCUGAUUUCCAUACAUACAAUCCCAAUCAUGAUACAUUCUUACAGGUAGCAAUAACCAGCAGAACUACAGGCUAUUUACACACACAGAAUGCUUGAGGAACUCAACAGGUCAGGUAGCAUCUUUGGAGGAGAAUAAACAGUUGGUGUUUUCGAGCUGAGAUCCUUCAUCAGAACAUCUUAGACCAAAAGUACUGUUUAUUCCGCAGAAGGAGAAAAUUGGUAUUCAUACCACACAUCAUCUGCCACAAGCAAGACUUCCGGAUGGCCAAACAUUUUAAUUCCAAUUCCCAUUCUCACGUGUCGAUCCGUGGCCUCUUGUUCCAAGAUGAGGGCACCCUCGGGUGGAGGAGCAAACUUUACGUUCCAUCGGAGUACCUCCAACCUGAUGGCACGAGUGUCAAUCUCUUCUCCUGGUGAACAAAUAUCACCCCCCCCCCCCCACCCCGACCUUUCCCUUUGUAACUCCCUGGUUAAGACUUUUACUGCUAUGCUGUAGGUAUUACCAGUUCUGUAAGAGCUGUCUGUUCUGCUUUCAGCCUGUUUGGGUUUGAGCUAAAGAUAAGGGGCUGUGAUGUUCAGCUUAGGAACAUUGUGUAAUUCAAUCAGGAUGGUGGAAUUGGGAGAAGGUUCUCGAGAAUGUUGGGCAGGGAAGUUUUUGUGACAGACACUGGCGUGGGUUAAGGUCUUUUGUGGCGGGAGUUGGGAGAAGACAGGAGGAAAGAAGGCUGAGGAUGCUGUCCCUGUUGCACAAGGUGCUUUGUGUAGAUGAAUGGCUUCAGGAGGAAGGAGCAGCACUGCCGUGGGAGAGCCUGUUUCUGCAAGAUGGAUCUGGAGCAACUUUCAGAAGUUGCUGUGUGCUCUCACGCAGACCGUGGGUCCUGCGCAAGAAUUAAAGAACAACUUCAAAAUGAGCUCCAAUUGUGUGCGCAUUUGGACUGGGUUAACUGUAAUGUGCCCUUUUCAUUUUCUACAAACUGUGAUAAAGCUGAUAUUAGAAUGAAUGACUGAUCUUUAUUGUCAUUAUACACAGAUACAAUGAAACUCUGGCUUCCUCUCAGGCAAUCAAACAAGACAGUAAUGGAAAAACAGUAUUAAAUAGAUAAGUAGCAGAAAAUAAGUUACAGCAGCACCAGAAUAUCACAGUAAUGCACAAAGUGCCUUUAGUGCAAGUAUUGGCGUCCCUGUGUGUGCUCACAGUUUCAGUCAUUGUUCUGUGGGAGUGGUGUGAUGGAGGCCACAGCUCUGGGGUAGAAGCUGUUCCUCAGUCUAUUUGUUCUGGCUUUUAGUGUCCUGCACCUUUUGCUGGACGGCAGCGGGUCAAACAGGGAGUGGCUGGGGUGUGUGGUGUCUCUGGUAAUGCUGAUUGCUUUCCUCCUGAGGAAAUAUUCCUCCUUAGUAAAUAUACUUUAUAAUUGUACGCAGUUGCUUCUUGCUGAUUGAUAACUGCAAUUUACAGAGCAGUAUUCGCUCAGAUUGGGGAGUGGGUGGUCAAAACAUGCUGGCUCUCCCGGUCUGGUGGGACCCAAGUCAUAUCGACCCUAGAUGUAAGGAAUUCAAGAAAGGUAAGGGAUAACCAGCCAUGUUUCCAGAGGCAUGGUAAAAAGGGGUUUCAACAUCUUCUUACCUUUCCCCUGGAUACCUUCCUCCUUUCCCCAUUUCCACCUGAGUCUCCCAUCUCUGAGCUGCCCAAAUUCUCCCCGUGUCUCUGUGUCGUCUCUUCCUCAAUCCCCAUCCUGUCGAUUAGUUGCCCCUUCAAUCUGAGUUGCUCACUCACUACUCCAUCUUUGGGUCAUUCCCUUCCCCCCCCUCUACCAUUCCCAUCCCUCUACCCCUCAUGAACACCCCUUCCCCAUCACCCUCACUCUCUCUGUUUCCCACUUAACCCUUCCCCAUCCCUACCUGUCUCUGGUUCAGGUUACCUUUUCCUCUCCCAUGAUUUGUGACACCACCUAUCCCCAUCAGCUCCCAGUCCGAGUCACAUCCUUCCCUCCCCCACAGGGUCUUUAGGUCAGUGAUUUGUGCUUCCCUCUCCCACACCCCUCCUUCACCUUUGUCGCCCCAUUCCCCUCACCCCUGCAUCUCCAGGUGAUCCAUUGAAACACAUCCAACUCUCUCUGGGUCAACCCCUGAACCCUGCAUCUGGCCUGCUGCCGUUUCACUCCGGAGUGUCAGAGUGUGACCACUUAAAACUCCUCCCCAACUUCAUUGGGAACCCCCUUUACACCCCAUCUACUGGUAGCACCCUUCACCUCCCUCCCAUCAUGGGCCGGUUCACCCUUCUUCUCUGGGUCAACCCACCCCCCUCUUCCUCUUCCACCCUUCCCUAUCCUCACCCCUUUCCCCAGUCUGAGUUGCCACUCCUCCCCAUUACUCGAUUGCCCCACAUCCCAGCCCCUUUAUGGGUCCUCCCCUUUCCCCUGCCUGUGUCAUCUCCUCCCGCCUCACUCUGGUCUCUGGGUCUCCUCCUACCCCCUGCUCCACUUACUCACACCUCCUCCCUCAUCUGUGAGGCACCACUUCCCCGUUUCUCCCAGCUGGGCACACCCCUACCCCCAUUCUGCCCUCUCCUGUCCACCCCCAGACCCUCCCAUCUCUGGGUCACCACUCACCCAUCUUUGGGAUGCCACCUUUGCACUCCCUCAUAUUUCUGUCAACACUUUCAAAAUCCUGUGCCUCUAGGUCACCCUCUUCCCUAGUCCUGCCCUUACCACACCCCCACCUCUUCUCUUCACCCUCCACCCCACAUCUCUCGGCCUUUCACUCAUCCCUUGGACCCUGGCCGUCUCCUUUCGAUCACAUCUCUUACCCCCUUCAUUAUGCCCCGUCAUCCCCAUGCCCCUCAAUCUCUAGGUCGCCCUCUCUCUUCAGUAGGCGGGGAUCAGUCUGUCUCUUCUCUCCGCCCCGUCCCUCUACCUUGCGCUCUCCGGCUCUACACCGACCUCUCUCCCUGUCUCCGCGCUUUUACCAAGCCGGCGCCGGAUUGGUCCAGAGGCCCGCUGCCUUCGUCACGUGUUUCUGCGGACUCGCGGAGCCCCCACUGCCCGCUUCUGAUUGGUCGCCACUGUUCGGACUGGUUGGUGUCACUCAUCCCGCGGCCGGCGCCAUGAUUGGCGGGUCUUCCACCAAACUUCAGCAGCGCCCUCCAAUCAGAACGGGCGGCUGAGCGCAGGUUGGAGGAGGCGCGAAAGUGAGAGAUCGCAGCCAAAAGUGUCGCCCAGAGGCCGCAGUCAGUGAUGGAGGGAAGGGAGAGUGAGGAAGGAGACGGAGAGUCAGUGAUGGUGGGGAGGGUGAGAACAGGGAUAGUGACGGAGGGGACAGGGGGUGUGAGUGAAGGGACAGAGAGUUAGUGAUAGUGAGGGAGGAGACAGGGAGAGGCAGUAACAGUGGGAAGGGAGAGUGAGGGAGGAGAGAAGAAACAGUGAAGGGGGUAGGGAGAGAUAGAGCCAGUGAGGAGACGGAGAAUCUGAGGGGUGGGUAGGAAUCAUUGAGAUUAGAGAGAGAUAGUGUGGGUUCAAUGAGAGGCACAGUGGGGGAGAGGUGAGUGACGGGGAGAGAAGGAUAAUGGGUGAGACAGUGAGAGGAGAGAUCGUGAGAGGGGCAAUGAGGGGGAGAAGGGAAUGUUUGAAGGACAGCGAAGGGGGAUCGUGAGGUAGAGUGAGAGUGACAGCAGAUGAAAGGGGGCAGGGAGUGAAUGAGAGGAAGGGGAUUGGAGGUUGGACCACAGCAGAGAGGGGUCCAGAGGAGACCGUAUACAUAAGGAGAGAUGCUGGGAUUGAGAGGAGAUUAUUCCCAGAUCAGACCAAUGCCGGGUAGAGUGAGGGGUGAUGGUCAUUGACAGUACAGAGUGGGAGUAGAUCAGACAUGGGGAAGAUAGACAUUAUUCUGAAUGCACCAUGUUUAAUUUCCUGGACAUAUUGCAGAGUUGGUGAGGUGAAGUCAAAGUUCAAAGUCGAUUUAUUGUCAAAAUACACUUCUGUCACCAUGUACAACCCUGACAUUCGUUUUCUUGUGGGCAUACUCAAUAGAUCUAAUAACAUAGAAAACCUACAGCACAAUACAGGCCCUUCAGCCCACAAAACUGUGCCAAACAUGUCCUUGGCUUAGAAAUUACCUGGAGUUUCCCAUAGCCCUCUAUUUUUCAAAGCUCCAUGUACCUAUCCAGGAGUCUCUUAAAAGACCCCAUCGUAUCCACCUCCACCACCGUCACCGGCAGCCCAUUCCACACACUCGUCAUUCUCUACGUAAAAAACUUACCCCUGACAUCUCCUCUGUACCUACUCCCCAGCACCUUAAACCUGUGCCCUUGUAUUAGCCUUUCAGCCCUGGGGAAAAGCCUCUGACUAUCCACACGAUCAAUGCCUCUCGUCAUCUUAUACACCCCUAUCAGGUCACCUCUCAUCCUCCCUUACUCCAAGGAGAAAAGGCACCAUAAUAGAAUCAAUGAAAGACUGCACCCAACAGCAGAUAAGAAGUGUGCAAAAGACAACAAAUUCUGCAAAUACAAAAAGAAAAAAAAAGAAGAAAUAACAAUAAAUAAGCAACAGAUAUUGAAAACAUGAGAUGAAGGAGUAUUUAAAAUUAGUCCAUAGGUUUCAGGAACAUUUCGGUAAAGUGAUUCCCUCUGGUUCAAGAGCCAGAAUCUGCUGAGGGAUAAUAACUUUUCCUGAACCUGGUGGUGCAAGUCUUGAGGCUCCUGUACCUUCUUCCUGAAGGAAGCAGCAAGAAAAGAGCAUGUCUUUGGUGGAGGGAGUCCCUGAUGAUGGAUGUUGCUUUCCUGCGACAAAACUCUGUAUAGAUGUACUCAGUGGCAGGGAGGGCUUUACCGGUGAUGGAAUGGACCAAAUUCACUAUUUUUUGUUGGAUUUUCCAUUCGAGGCAUUAGUAUUUUCAUAACAGGUUGUGAUGCGGCCAGUUAAUAAACUCUCCACCACUCAUCUAUAGGAGUUCGUCAAAGUUUCAGCUCCUUGGUUUUGCUGAUAUUGAGUGAGAGGUUGCUGUGGUGCCACCAUGGAGCCACAUUUUCAGUCUCCCUCCUAUCUGCUGACUUGUCACCACCUUUGAUUCGGCCUACAACAGUGGCGUCAUCAGCAAACUUGAAUAUGGCAUUAGCCACACAGUCAUAAGUGUAAAGCAAGUAGAGUAGGGGGCCUUGUGGUACACCUGUGCUGAUGGAGAUUGUGAAAAAGAUGUUGAUGCUAAUCCAAGCUGACAGGGGUCUGCAAUUGAAGAAAUUGGGGAUCCAAUUACACAAGGAGCUAUUGAGGUCAAGACCUUGGAGCUUAUUGAUUAGAUUAGAGGGGAUGAUAGUAUUGAAUGCCAAGAUGCAGUCAAUAAAAAGCAUCCUGAUGUAUGCAUUCUUGCUGUCCAGAUGUUCCAAGAUUGAGUGAAGAGGCAAAGAGAUGACAUCUGCUGUGGACCUGGGGUGCCACUAGGCAAGUUGGAGCAGUUCCAAGUCGCUUCUCAGGCAGGAGCUGAUAAUGUUUCAUCAUCAACCUCUCAAAACACUUCAUCACUGUGGAUGCAAGCGCUACUAGUCAGUUUCCAUGUGAUCCGAUUGGUGGAAGAUGGGGAGCACCUGUGUGGUCAGAAUCUGGCAGGUUCAGAGGUCGCACUGUUACCCCGCCCCCCCCCCCCAACUCUCCAGGUCUGAGACCCCUCUCCUGGGACUUAACUCUCGUGUAUGCCUGAGCAAUUGCUCAAGGAUCAGGAAUGACUUAAGAGAAAAGGGUAGCCUGUGACAUUCAGGAUCCUGAGCAUCACCCGAGAGUCAUUCAACAGGGAAGAAAAGCCCUUUAGCCUACAGUGUGCCAAUGUAGGGUCCCCAAACCUUAACUUGGAUUCCCACUCCAUAGACGCUGCCUGACCUACUGAGGGUGUUGACAUAUUCUGCUUUUAUUUCAGAUUUCCAGCUAUGAUAAUGUUUUUAGUGCCCAGCUAUAAUACUGUAUGCCAGUAUUUCAGCACACCAUGUUUCAAGUGCUCCUGUAAAUACAUAAAUGCUGCAAGAUGCUGCCUCCAUCCCAAGCCACAUGCAAUCCUAACCACCGUAAAAAUACCUUCGGGCACCUCCAAAUCUGUCUCUUACCAUUUACCUAUGCCAUUUACUGAGGGUUUCCUUGAUUGCUCUCUGGUUCCUUCCCACACAGGAAGAACAGACCCACAGUGCAUUUAGAUAGUGUCCUACUAAGCCUUCCUUCACUCCUUUUCUCCUCUCCUUCCCUUGAUACCUCUCCUCUCCCACUCCAAAUGCUUGUGCUCUCCCUCUUACCCCACCUUCCUCUCUCAGAAAAAUUCCCCUAUGGACACAGACACACCCACACGCAAACACCCCCACACAUGCACAAAGACACACACAUCCCACAAACACAGAUGGGAAACAUUUAAUCAUGAUCCUCCCGCCACACCGUCCCAUCACACACUCCCAGGGGCAGACACAGGGUGAGAUUCCCAUCAUGCACUCCCAGGGACAGGGGCAGACACAGGAUGAGGCUCCCUUGACACUUUCCUGCGAAGUGGUGGGUGGAAGGGGGAAGAGGGGGCGGAAAUAGAGGGAUGGGUUUGUUGGUGAAGGAAGAUGUUGAGAGAAAUCCUCUGGGUUUAUACUGGGGAUCUAAUUCUCCCUGCAGUUUGAGAGGAAGAAGCUAAAAUCGGAUGUAUGAAUAUUACAGUAGAUUAAAGGGGACUAUGGGGGCAUGGUCGAAGUUGAUUGGUAGGGUGACACCAGCGAGGAGGACAGUAUGGCAGCAAUGUCUGGAGUUUCUGGGAGUAUUUUGAAAAAUGUGGGAUUACAGCAUCCCAAAGAAGAAGAACCAUUCCAAAGAGAGGAAGUUACUCCCGUGGCUGACAAGGGCAGUCAAAGCAAAGGAGAAGGCAUACAAUUUAGCAAAAAUUAUUGGAAUCUAGAGGAAUGGGAAGCUUUUCAAUACCAGUUGAUGAAAAAACAAAAGCAACCAAGAGAGACAAGAUGAAAUAUGUAGAUAAGCCAGCCAAUAAUAUAAAAGAGCAUACCAAAAGAUUGAUCAGAUAUAUUAUAUCUAUGGUCAUGUGGGCUUUUUGUGCCGUAAGGGCCUGUUACCUUGGUGUAUCUCUAAAUAAAGUAGCAGGCAUUUUCAAAAGGCCUUUGAUGAGGUGCUGUACGUGAGUCUGCUAAACAAAAUUAACAUGAAAGAAACUUGCAGUGCAGAGAAGAUUUUCCGACUGACAGAAGGCAAAACAUUGCAAUAAUGGGGGCCUUUUAUGGUUGGUGGCCGAUGACUAAUAGUGUUCCUUGGGACUUGGUAAACGCACUCUGUACAGAUGCGCAUUUUCACACACACACACACACACACACACACACACACAAAUUGCCUUGUUAUUCUGCUGUCAUCCUGCUGCGAGUGUGUACUUCAAUGUCUCCCCACUCACCCCCCAGUAGAUUCUCAUAACGGCUUUAUGUUGCCUUUCUUUCCAUACACUUCGGAAUAUUCAAUUUAUUUAGUAAUGGGGAUGUGUAGAUAUUGUUUCUAUACUGUAUUUAAGGUAGAUACUUUUAUUUAUUCGGUAACAUAAUUUUAACGAGAGGGAAUGAUUCUGAUAAGAUGGAGUCACAUUGGGUCAUAGCGGCUUCUUCAGGUACAAGAAAAGGUGUUACUACCCCAUCUAAACACAUAUUUAAUCAAUCAGCAUAACCAGACACUUUUCAUUGUUAAAAUCUUUUUAUUAAUACAUAAUCUUCUACAACUAUAGAAUAAUACAAAAUUUCAACAAAUUAAUAUGUAUACAAUUAAUAGAGCUGAAGAAAAAAACUAAUCGUAAUACAUAAAAAUGAAAAAAAAAUUAUAUAGAAAAAAGAAGUUAAAAAAAAGAACCGCAUCUAACUAAGAAAACAAACCCCAUUAACUACAAAAACCCCAUUAGGAAUCAACCCCCGGAAGCAAUACGUUAACCAUCAUCUAGAUAUAUAGAAAAAAAAUUCAUCAACCGCCAGUUCACAUUUUUUUUCAUAAAAGAUAAUAAAAUUGGAAGGAAACCAUAUAGAAUAAUUAAAAUUAAAUGGUAAUAUUUAGUAAAAGAACCCCAUCUUCUCUCAAAAUCAAAUCGAGGUUCAAAAGCUCUACUUCUAAUUUUUUUCCAGGCUGAGACAUAACAUUAUUUGAGAAAACCAUUCAAUUUAUGUAAGGGAAGAGAUAUCUUUCCAUUUUAAUAAAAUAGCCCUUCUUGCCAACAAUGUAACAAAUGCAAUUACAUGUUGAUCUGAAGAUGAAAUACCCUGAAUAUGAUGCAGAAUUAUUCCAAAUAGAACAGUUAAUCUAUUAGGUUGUAAGUUAAUUUUAAAAGCCUUAGAGAUUGUAGAAAAUAAAGAUUUCCAAGACAGUUUUAAUGAAGGACAUGACCAGAACAUAUGUGACAAAGUAGCUACUUCAGUUUUACAUCUAUCACAAUAAUUAUCUACACUAGGAAAUAUUUUAGAUAGUCCUUUGCUAAAUAAUAACGAUGGACAAUUUUAAAUUGAAUUAGACAGUGAUUGGCACAUAUAGAAGAAGAAUUUACAUUUUUCAAAAUUUGAACCUAAUCUUCAUUCACAAAGGUCACAUUAAGUUUUCUCUCCCAAUCUUGUUUAAUCUUUAGUGAUAGGUUCUCUUUUUGUAACAAGAGUAAAUUAUAAAUUCUGCUAACGGAAACUUUCACUAAAGGAUUCAAUUUCAAAAUGGUAUCCAAUAAAUCAGAUUCUUCUAAGUAUGGAAACUUAGGUAAAUAUUGUUGUAAAAAAUGUCUAACCUGAAAAUAUUGCAAAAAAUGUGUAUGAGCAACUCUUCAAAAGUCAUCAGUCGACCAUUAUAAAAUAAAUAUGUAAAAAAAGGAUCUCUUUAUUUUUCCAUAGGAGAAAAAUGGGGUCAGUUAUUGAAGGUUUAAAUAAAAAGUUUCAAUAUAAAAACUUAAAUUGUUUAAAGUUUAAAAAAUUACAAAACUGAAGCCAAAUCCGUAAAGAUUGUUUAAUAACCAGGUAAAAAUUUAAAUUUGGAAUUUUAGAGAGCUGUAAAGGUAAUGGAGCUCCUAAUAUUGAAGUUAAAUGAAAUUGUUUAACAGCUUUUAAAUCCAAAUCAACCCAAAGUGAUUUUUGGCUCUUAUCGAGCAAAUAUAACCAAAAACACAAUUGUCUAAUAUUUACAGCCCAGUAAUAGUCUUAAAUGAGGAAGUGUAAGUCUACCAUCUUUUUUAGGUUUUUGUAAAUGGUAUUUAUUCAUUCUUGGUUUCUUAUUGUUCCAAAUAAAGGUAGAAAUAAUAGAGUCAAUUUGAUCAAAAAGAUUUUUAGUUAAGAAGAUAUGUAUAUUUUGGAAAAUAUAUAAAAAUCUAGGUAAAAUCAUUGUUUUCAUAGCAUGAAUGUGACCUAUUAAAGAAAGAGUAAGUGGAUUCCAUCCGGAAAAUAGUAAUUUCAUGGAGUCUACUAAAGGAACGAUAUUGGCUUUAAAAAGAUCUUUAUAUUUUUUAGUAAUUAUAAUACCUGAAUAUCUAAAUGUAUUAAGAAUUCUAAAAGGAAUAUCGUUAUAUGUACUAACAGUGGCAUUAAUGGAAAUAAUUCACUUUUAUUCAAAUUAAGUUUAUAUCCAGAAAAUUUUCCAAAAUCUUUAAGUGUUUCCAAAAGAUUAGGAAUUAAUUCCUCAAGAUCCAAAAUAAAAAUCAAAAGAUCAUCUGCAUAAAGAGAAAUCUUAUGUAUGGUUCCAUUUAUAGGAAUACCAUGAAUGCUUUUGGCCUCCCAUAAUGUUAUAGCUGAAAGCUCCAAUACAAGAUUAAAUAAUAAAGAGCUUAAUGGACAUUCCUGUCUAGUACCAUGAGAAAGUGAAAAGAAAGAAGACCUAUAAUUGUUAGUAAUGACUGUGGCAAUAGGGUUCUUAUAGAUCAUUAGAAUCCAUCUAUUAAAAUUAAUACCAAAACCAAAUUUUUCUAAUACUUUGAACAAGUAUGGCCACUCAACUCUAUUGAAUGCCUUUUCUGCAUCAAGCGAUAACACAUUGAGGUUGCUUAGAUAAUGGUGAAUAAAUAAUGUUCAUCAAUCUCUGAACAUUAGAGAAAGAGUAGCGGCCUUUAAUAAAGCCUGUCUGGUCCAUAGAGAUAAUUUUAAUUAAAAUAUUUUCCAAGCAAUUAGCCAUUAUUUUAGAAAGAAUUUUUGCAUCCACAUUUAAUAGCAUAACCAGACACACCACACACCCCGGCCACUCCCUGUUUGACCUGCUACCAUCCAGCAAAAGGUUCAAGACAUUAAAAGCCAGAACAAAUAAACUGAGGAACAGCUUCUACCCCAGAGCUGUGGCCUCCAUCACACCACUCCCACAGAACAGUGACUGAAACUGUGAGCACACACAAUGUCUCAAAUACUUGCACUAACGGCACUUUGUGCAUUACUGUGACAUUCUGGUGCUGCUGCUACUUAUCUAUUUAAUACUGUUUUUCCAUUACUGUCUUGUUUUUAUCUACCGCUUUGUUUAAUCGCCUGAGAGGAAGCCAAACAGAGUUUCAUUGUACCUAUGUACAAUGACAAUAAAGAUCAUUCAAUUCAAUAAUGAUUGCAAGAUCCUGCUACACAUCAAGAACUUAAACUACUGUAGGUCUACACCAUCAGCGAGUUGCUCGCUGGCAAAGAAAAUGAAGGAGCUGCUCAACGUGUUGUUGCCUGAGUUGAUGGAGGCCCACAGUCUAAUAGUGAGUGGCUGUCUUGGCCACAUUUCUUGUGAUUGCAGGAUCCUUUUGGACAUUGUUAAUGUGGAAUGCCUUAAGUUUGAUUUACUGGUUUGUUGGCAGGGAGCAGGCGCGGAUGGCAGGGGAGCACGCGGCCUCAGUUCUGGUGAGUACUGGCCUCAAGCCAGGAGAGAGGCGCCAAAUCUGGAGCACUCAGGCCGGAGUUGAUGAUAACAUCCCCUCCAGUGUUCGCUCAGUAGAAGAUAAGCUCUAUUGUGGUCGACUGCAGAUCUCAGUUGCACCCAGUGGACUCGGGGCCUCAAAGCCACAGGGUGGCCUGGCCACAGCUGCCGGAAGAGAGGAGUUCUGAGCCGGUGCACUCUGCCAGGGCACAGUGUGGCACAGCAUCCAGGCUGCAGUCAUGCUUGCUCAGCAGAAGACAAGCUCUAUUGUGGCUGAGUGAAUAUUUUAAUGGACUGAAGGGUCUGGACGAUAUACACAUAUAUUUUGCUUGGUUGUAUUUUACUGUUAUUCUAUAUAUGCUUGUUAUCGUGUAUGUGCGAAGACUAAGCCUCGAGCCACGGUGUCGCCUGAGGGAAGCUGGGCCACUCCACUGGGAACGGUGUGGCUGGCGUCCAGGCUGGAGUUGGGGCUGCCCUUUCCCCCCAGUGUCUGCCUGACAGAAGACCAGCUCUUAUUGUGGUCGAUUGCAGAUUGAUGCCACUAGCUUGGACUUCUAUUGUGUGAUUGUGAUACCAUUUGUGCUUGCUGGGUGUGACUGUUGGUACUGCGUUUUGCAUCUUGACCCUGGAGUAACGCUGUCUCUUUCAGCUGUAUUCAUGAGUAUUCAUGUAUGGCUGAAUGACAAUUAAAUAAGUUGAAUUGAAUGACCUUGUGGGGUGCAUCAUAUUCUGAUUCACAUAUAGUCGUGAGUUAACUUUGUGGGUAAUUAAUGAUACUAUAUCAUGGGGCCUCAAUAAAAGGGGGCAUAGUGCUGUCAGUGGUAGAGAGAGAUUGGGACUACCAGGACUUCACAAUAGACAAAAUUAGUAUGGAGCUAUUUAUUGUGAUUUCUGGUAGAUAUCUUCUUGUGAAUAUUGGCUAUUGUUUUUUUGCUAUUUUCACUAAUCUUUGUAAGUUUGACUUUUGACGCACCAAAUAUACACCCUUGCACUAUAGUGCAAAGUGACCCCUGUCUUUGAUCAAACCCCACGUAUGUGAGAUUUAAUGGUCUGGACGACAGAAUUUGUGACUUUGUGACCAGCUGACAAAGAUAGGUGGAGGGGCAGCUAGCGUUGAGGAAGCAGGGAGUCUGCAGCAGGACUUGGAUAGAUUAGGAGAAUGGGUAGAGAAAUGGCAAAUGGAAUAUAGUGUAGGGAAGUGUAUGUUCAUGGACUUUGGUGGAAUAAACAUGUGGAAUGUUAUCUAAAUGGGAAGCAAAUGCUGAAUCAAAAGUGCAGAGUGUCUUGAGAGUCCUCGUGCAGGAUUCCUUAAGGGUUAAUGUGCAGGUUGAAUCUGAGGUAAGGUAGGCAAAUGCAAUGUUAGCAUUCAUUUCAAGAGGACUAGAAUAAAAAAGCAAGGAUGUAAUGCUGAGGCUUCAUAAGGCACUGAUCAGACUGCAUUUGGAGUAUUGUGAGAUCCAAAGGAUGUGCUCCAAAAGAGGGUCCAGAGGAGGUUCAUGAGAUUGAUCGUGGAAUGAAAGGGUUAACCUACGCAGAGUGUUCUUCUCGCCGGAGGUUAGAAGAAUGAGGGUGAUCUCACUGAAAUCUAUUGUACAUUUAAAGGCCUAGAUGGAUGUGGAGAGGUUGGUUCCUAUAGAGUGGAGGUUUCUGACCAGAGGGCAGAACCUCUAGAUACAGGGAUGACCAUUAAGAGCAGAGAUAAAGAAGAAUAUCUUUAACCAGGGAGUGGUGAAUCGGUUCAAUUCAUUGCCAAGUUCAGCUUUGGAGGUCAAGUUACUGGGUAUAUUUCAAACAGAUAAUGUUCUUUAUUAGUUAGGAUGGCAACGACUACCAUGAGAAGACAUGAGAAUGGUGUUGAGAAAAUAAACCAGUCAUUGUCGAAUGAUGAAGCAUUAUCAAUUGGUCGAAUGGUCAGAUUCUCAUGCCACUUAUGCCUCAUGGUCUUGUGGGUGG